AUGUCCGCUGAAUACAUAGAAGAUAACUCACAUUUGUCUGAUGAAGAUAGUGUAACGUACGAUGAAUGGAUUCCAUCAUUUUGUUCAAGAUUCGGCCACGAAUUCUUUUGUCAAGUGCCAACAGAUUUCAUUGAAGAUGACUUCAAUAUGACUUCGCUGAGUCAAGAAGUGCCUCAUUAUCGUAAAGCUUUGGAUCUAAUCCUGGAUCUAGAGGCAAUGAGCGACGAGGAGGAAGAGGAAGAGGAAAUAGAAGAAGAAAGCGAUAUUGAUAUUAAGAGUAAUGAUAACACCAAUAAUAGAACGGUAAAUAGAAGUAUCAUUGAGCAUUCAGCAGAACAGUUGUAUGGCCUCAUUCAUGCAAGGUAUAUCUUAACAAAACAAGGUCUACAAGCAAUGGCAGAAAAAUUCGAUCAUAAACAAUUCGGUACAUGUCCUCGUUACUACUGUAGUGGGAUGCAAUUGUUACCCUGUGGUUUAAGUGAUACAAUUGGUAAAUACACUGUGAGACUCUAUUGUCCCUCAUGUCAGGAUCUAUAUCUCCCUCAAUCUUCCAGAUAUCUCUGUUUGGAAGGUGCUUAUUGGGGCACAAGUUUCCCAGGUGUAUUUUUAAAGCAUUUCAAAGAAUUGGAAGAUUAUGUGGAACGUAAGGGCAAAGAAGCGUAUCAUUUGAAAGUAUUCGGUUUCAAAAUCAAUGAUUUGGCAGUCUCCGGUCAAAGAAUGAAAUGGUUAAGGCAAUGGCCUGCUACUGAUGAAGAAUGGGAUGAAUUUAAAAAAUGUGAAUUCGAAUUACCAACUAUUCAACAUACUUCAUGA